UCCCAGUGUGCAGGCAUCAGUCCCCAGUUCUGCAGGCGGUUGGUUACUCUGAAGACCACAAAGAGACUGGGAGAGGUUGAUGCGCUGGACAAAGCUAGACUAAGGAGUCUCAACUGGAAAAAAGGGUCUACGAAAACCUCAAAAAAGAAGCGCCUACAGUUUGGAAAAAGAACAAAGGUGGCGCGGCUUAGACUUCUUUUUGUGUUGCUGGGCUCGCGCAGUGCCCCUCCUGCCUCGCCACCUAACCACAGUUCAUGCAAUCACGGGCACAUCUGCCAGAGAGCCCGAGUCCCUGAACAAUGGAAGUCUCUAACCUCUCAGGCGCCACCCCUGGCAUUGCCUUUCCUCCGGGACCCGAGAGCUGCAGUGACAGCCCAAGUUCCGGCAGAAGCAUGGGAUCCACCCCAGGGGGGCUCAUCUUGUCCGGCCGCGAGCCGCCCUUCUCUGCCUUCACCGUACUCGUGGUAACUCUACUGGUGUUGCUGAUCGCUGCCACUUUCUUAUGGAAUCUGCUAGUUCUGGUGACUAUCCUGCGCGUCCGCGCCUUCCACCGUGUGCCACAUAACUUGGUAGCCUCGACCGCCGUCUCGGACGUCCUGGUGGCGGCUCUGGUGAUGCCACUGAGCCUGGUGAGCGAGUUGUCGGCUGGGCGACGUUGGCAGCUGGGCAGGAGUCUGUGCCACGUGUGGAUCUCCUUCGACGUGUUGUGCUGCACAGCCAGCAUCUGGAACGUGGCGGCCAUCGCCCUGGAUCGCUACUGGACUAUCACGCGCCACCUGCAGUACACGCUGCGCACCCGGCGCCGCGCUUCAGCACUUAUGAUCGCGAUCACCUGGGCACUGUCCGCCCUCAUCGCGCUCGCCCCGCUGCUCUUUGGCUGGGGCGAAGCCUACGAUGCUCGGCUGCAGCGUUGCCAGGUGAGCCAGGAGCCUUCGUACGCCGUCUUCUCCACCUGCGGAGCUUUCUACGUGCCUCUGGCCGUGGUGCUCUUCGUCUACUGGAAGAUAUACAAAGCCGCCAAGUUUCGAUUCGGCCGCAGACGGCGGGCGGUAGUGCCCCUGCCCGCCACCACGCAGGCAAAGGAAGCACCUCAGGAGUCUGAGACGGUAUUCACCGCGCGUUGCAGAGCGACAGUGGCCUUCCAGACAAGUGGAGACUCCUGGCGGGAGCAGAAGGAGAAGCGAGCCGCCAUGAUGGUGGGGAUCUUGAUCGGUGUGUUUGUGCUGUGCUGGAUCCCCUUCUUCCUGACGGAGCUCGUCAGCCCGCUCUGCGCCUGCAGCCUGCCACCCAUCUGGAAAAGCAUAUUCCUGUGGCUUGGCUAUUCAAAUUCGUUCUUCAAUCCCUUAAUCUACACGGCCUUUAAUAAGAACUACAACAAUGCCUUCAAGAGCCUCUUUACUAAGCAGAGAUAAGCAGGGCUGGGGAGAUAAAAAGGAAGACCGGGGAAGAGAAAGGGGAUCUGCCGUCCUCAUUUCACCAGAGACCUGGGGGCUUCUCCCCGCCGCCCACACCCCCCUAACGACACUCCAGAAAUCACACCGUAGGGCCUGGAAUGUUGAGUUCUCACGAAGGUAGACAACGGUUUGGCAAAUACAUCCAUGCCUUCUACGCGUCGUGACAGACAUUGCUAGUGAAUUGUGCUACAUUUCUGCACCAGGCAGGAACCCCGCCAAACCCUUUCCGGGUGUAUUUUAGGUAUUAUUGCUCAUUUGUCAGACUCCACAUGUGGCAGAGUUGAUUUGCUUUUGCGUUAGUACUAUGUCCCUCAGUGAGGGUCUCUUGGGGCUCUCCUGAGACUGACUCCUUGACAUAGCCUCUCCUCUACCCCUUAUCCAUCAGAGCACUUUACCUUUCUUAGCCUCACACAGGACCUCCACAAGGCAAUGAUUCUCAGUUUAGGAAGAGAUGUCCUCGCCUGAAGCUUUGUUAAAAAGUGUUCCACACAGACGUCGUCAAGAUGGCUCAGUAGAGGGGGUUGGGGAUUUAGCUCAGUGGUAGAGCCCUUGCCUAGGGAGCGCAAGGCCCUGGGUUCGGUCCCCAGCUCCGAAAAAAAGAACCAAAAAAAAAAAAAAAAAAAAGAUGGCUCAGUAGAUGAAGGCGCCUGUCCCCAAGCCUGGUGGCCUGCUUUUGAGAUACAUGUAAUGGAAGGAAAUAAAAUGAUUGCAAGUUGUCUCUGACCUCCAGAUAUGUGCCAUCAGCCCUCUCCCCCAUGUGCACA